UGGACUAAUAGAAAUCAACAAAGUCCGAGAUAAUCGAGAAAAGGAAAAUGGAAGGGAUAAAGCACCAAAUGGUUAAAGUGAAUGGCAUAAACAUUCACAUAGCUGAAAAAGGUGAAGGUCCAGUCAUCCUUUUCCUCCAUGGCUUCCCUGAGCUUUGGUAUUCAUGGCGUCACCAAAUCCUCGCUUUAUCUUCCAUGGGUUACCGAGCCGUUGCUCCCGAUUUGAGAGGCUACGGCGACUCGGAUGCUCCCGACUCAGUCGAGAGUUACACUUGUUUCCACAUAAUCGGCGAUUUAGUGGAGCUGAUAGACGUACUGGAUCCGGAUGUAGGCAAGGUGUUUGUUGUUGGGCAUGACUGGGGAGCUUACAUGGCUUGGUUAUUGUGUCUGUUUAGGCCUGAUAAAGUGAAAGCAUUGGUGAAUUUGAGUGUGCCGUUUUUGAGGUCUCAUCGGGAAAUCAAGCCUGUUGAUUUCUGGAGAUCUUAUUAUGGUGCUGAUCAUUACAUAUCUAGAUUUCAGAAACCUGGAGAAAUAGAAGGUGAAUUUGCAGAGAUUGGAGUGGAGAGAGUUGAGAAGGAACUUUUGACUGAUUUUCCAGUUAUCUUGCCAAAAGGGAAACUGUUCAAACGUCCAUUAGAUGAACCAAUUACAUUGCCUUCUUGGUUGUCCGAGGAAGAAGCUAAUUACUAUGUCGCCGUAUUCCAGAAAACUGGCUACACUGGUGCACUCAACUUCUACAGAAACUUUAACAGAAACUGGGAACUAUUGAAACCAUGGGUGGGUAGUAAGAUCAAAACACCAGCCAAGUUCAUUGUGGGUGAUAAUGAUUUGGUUUACCAUAUGCCUGGUAUGAAGGAUUACAUUCACAAUGGUGGGUUCCAAGAAGAUGUGCCAUCUCUGCAGCAAGUGGUGGUGAUGGAAGGUGUUGCCCAUUUCAUCAACAUGGAGAAACCAGACGAGAUCAACAAAUACAUUUCUGACUUCUUUACCCAGUUUGUUUGAAAUAAAUAAAUAAAUAAAAUAAAUCCAUGUAUUCCAAGUCUUUUGUGUUAUAAUAAUAAAAAAAACACUUCGGCUAAGAUCCAAGUGCUGAAGGGGGACUUAUGGUUAAGACUGAAUUAUUAAUGUUAGAAUAUUUUUCAAGUAAA